CAAGACGGCUGAUUGCAUUGCAUUUUGCUAUAUGGUUUAUUUUGUUUCUUUCAAACUAAAAUGGAAACUUGUGGCGUUAUUAUGAGUAGAGCCGGUGAUUUUGAAAAUUUUCUGAUGCGUUGCUCAUAUUGCACAAUAGACAUGGAGAUAGACAAGUGGCAGGAAUUCGUGCUCCACUUUCGGCAUACGCACGGUUGGAAAGCGACGGAUAACUCAGAUUGUUUGCAUAUAGAACAAAUAGCUGUAAAUGAAGACAGUGAGGAAGAAAAGCUAGGGAUCAUACCCAUCGAAGAGCCAACUGUUGCAGAGACGGAUAUGUCGAGACCCUGUUCAACACUGUCGGAUGCAAGUUUCAGUGAAAAUAGUUCAGCAAAAAGUGGAUCCAUAGCACCAACUAAAGAUGAGGAUAUACAUAUGUCUAGUUCGAAUUCGUCUACAGACAAGUUUAAUCCAUCAUUUUUUCGAAGAGAUCCACGCACACUGAAGUUUAUUGAGUCCUAUAAGAAUCAGCCAUGCCUUUGGAAUCCUGGCUGUAGUGAAUAUAAGGAUCACAUUGCAUGUAAAGCAGCCUAUCAGCAGCUCAUAAUGGAGCUAGAUGCUCAGAUAUCUGUUGUCUUCACAGAGCAUUCAUUGAAGGCAGCGAUUAAAAAGUUGCAUCUACAGUAUAAUAUGGUCGAAAAGCGUGUUAUGAACGGCAACCAAAAACCAAGUUCUGUGGCCUUUAAUCAUUAUACAAGCUGCAGUUUUCUGAAAGCUAGUCAAUAUCAAAUGCAUGCCUUUAAAAGUUCAAUAAUUCAGUUAAACUUUUGUAAACGCAACAAGCUCACCACGGACUUUAUACAGCUAUAUGCCAACUUUCCCCAGCUUUACGACUGCAAGCACAAGGAUUUCUCAAGCAUUAGUUCUCGUAAGCUGGCAUAUGAAGCAAUGGCAGCUAAGACUAUAGUGCCACAUUAUGUUAUUAACUGCGAUGAUGUCUACCUCGCCAUACAGUGCCUCCGCCAAUGGUACUACAAGAGUACGAAGCAUGCAAUUAAAACGACUAACGAAUCGGAACUUUUUUAUUUGAAAGCCUGUGCCUUUUUGCCACCUAAGAUGUUCAAGCAAAAGCUAAUUUGUGAAUACUGCCAGCAGGAAACUUCUUCGGAUCAUGUGCUUCAAGCGCACCUGUGGAAGGUACAUAAUAUCGGGGAGCUGCCCUUCAAAUGUACAUCAUGCGAUCGAAGUUUUGUAGGGCGUGCUGAGCUAUCGACUCAUGUGCAACGCUUUCAUAUUGGAAAGACACACAAGUGCAACUAUUGCGAGCGCACUUUCUCUGUUAACUCAGACCUUCGCCUGCACAUACGCACCCACACCGGAAAUAAUAUACUUUGUGAGUUGUGUGGCAAGGCGUUUAGAUUAAGAUCUCAACUUAAGUUGCAUGUCACUGCCAUUCAUACAAAGAUAAGAGCAUUUAAGUGCACCAUGUGCCCGAAGGACUUUCUAAAAAAGGUUGAUUUGUCGGACCACAUUAAGAGCCAUUUAAAUAUCCGGGAUAAGAUUUGCACAACAUGUGGCAAAGGAUUUACUAGUUGCCAUUCACUCAUUAGACAUAGGCAAAUACACUCGGAAAUUAAAAAGUUUGCUUGUAAACUAUGUGAAGCUAGGUUUUCACAAUUUGUCGGUCUCAACUCACACAUGAAACGUACGCAUAAUAUUGUCCGCAAUAAUGCACAAAAAUUAGUAGAGACUGUAGUUCCAGAAACGACUAAUUAAAUAACUACUCUUUUUCUAUAAAUAAA